AUGGUGAUGGGAUCCCAGUCCCGGUCUUGCGGCGGAGGCACCGCAAGCUAUUGCUGUGACCAGAACAUCAUUACCGGGACCGGGAGACUCAGUGUUGUGUUCGACUGUUAUUCGAGUGGGAUGACUUCGAAUCGCACCGCUCGGCCCCAAGACGCUCAGCAAGCGAUCUCGAUCCGGACCAACAUCUCCGUGUUUUCGCUACGGAGAGGCGCUGCGGAGGGCACCUUCGAGCUCAGUGAUGAUUUCUUCAAGGAUUUCAAGUCAUUACGAUGGCUCAGGCUGAACUUGAGCAUUACGAUACUUCCUCGCAGUGUCGGAAAGUUGAGCGAGUUGGAAGAGCUCAACCUGAUUGGGAGCGAGAUUUACGAAAUCGAGCCGAAGCUCUUCUGGGGUCUAAGAGCCUUGGGUACCUUGAUAAUCGAUGGGGCCCCGAGCCUUCAGUUCGAUCCGAGUCCUUUCCGACAUCUGAAGCUGGUGUUUGACGUCAGGCUCUCUGGCAUACGGGAGAAAAAGAUCCCUGCAGAUUUUUUCGAAGGUGCGUCAGGCUUGCAAACCCUACAAAUUGAAGGGUGGCCUUGCCUGGCGACGAUCCACGCCGAAGUUUUCGAUCAGACGCCGGUCCUACGCGACCUCCUGCUCAAGUCUUUACCGAAGCUGAAGGAACUUCCUCGGGGACUGUUCGAGAAUCUCACGACGAUCAGGCGCAUCUUCAUAUGUCGCUGCGGUUUGCAGCAUCUACCGGUCGAUUUGUGGCCGGAAAACGAGCAGCAGACUCGAAAGGCAUCGAACUACUUCGGAAUAGUCCAGAGCGAGCUCGAGGCAUUGCCUGCCAAUAUUCUUCGUGGUGCCACAGAUCUUGAAAACUUAGAUCUCAGGGAGAAUCGCAUACGGGAGCUAAAUUUUCUCAGCAACCUACCGGCCUUGCAAUGGCUCGAUAUCUUCGGGAACGAUCUCAAGCGGAUCUCGAAGAUCAAUUUCCGUGAUUUGACGUCUUUGAUCUACCUGAACCUCGGCAAGAAUCGCAUCGGAUACAUUGAAACCGGGUCCUUUGACAGCUUAGGAUCCCUCGAGUCCCUGAUUCUGAGCGACAACAACCUUCACCGUUUCGGCGCUCCGGGAGCAUCGAUAACCGCAGCCAACCCGAGAAUGACGAGCAUCCACCUCUCUAACAACAGGAUCACAUCGUUCCCGGACAUUCCAUUCGACGAAUUGCCCCGCUUGCGUAUUCUGAAACUGGACGGCAACUCCUUAGCAAACUUCAGCGUUCCUCUCUUCUCGAGCGAAAGAACUGAGGUUUUUCUUCAGAACAAUUCUAUCAGUCAUGUUGGCCUGAAGACACUCGAAGAAAUCAGGGGAAAAUCCUACGGCCUACACGAGUUCUUCAUCGAUAAUAAUCCAUUCCAGUGUGACGCUAGCAAUUACAUUUUUCUGGACUAUGUCCAGAACUAUCAAAGCCCUGAAGUUGCUCUUUUCCGGGACCUGGAGAACUGCAUAUGCGAGAACACCAAGGAAAAAAUCGCUGGAGUAAAAGUCGACGAGCUCUUUCACCAAUUGAUCGAUUGUCCGGCCGCCUGCGAGUGCAGAUCGUUUCCUUCGAACGACUCGACUCAUAUUCGCUGUCGAGAUCGAAAACUGGCAGGAAUUCCCCGUCUGCCUGUAGAAGUUACCCAUCUCGAUUUCGAAGGCAAUGCCCUGACUAACUUUCCGGAGGAAAUCUCCCGUUAUAAGUCGCUGCUCAGCAUCAACUUGAACCGCAAUAGACUUCGAUCGAUCGAUAACUUCAUGCAAUAUGCUCCGCCUAGCCUCCACGAUCUGCAUAUCGAAUUCAACGAGCUGGAAAGACUUGGUGUCGACCCCGAAAGUCAACUUUCCUUCUUCGUCGACUUUUCAAAUAAUCCUUGGGUCUGCGAUUGUGAUAUGAGGAAUUUCAAAUUGUUCCUAGAUCGGAAUCGGCCGAAAAUCUUGAAUUAUCCGCUCAUGGAAUACACUGCUUUUAGGAAUCAAAUCGAUCAGGACACCGCCAUCGACAGCCAGAAGAGGUCCAACCCCCAGCAGGGAGGGACGUGCCCCCACACGAGGACCCCGGUAUUCGAGAUUGAAUUUUCGAGCGCGGGACGUCUGACAAUUCAGUGCACGACCGAUGCUCCACACGUGGCACAUCUACUGACCGUGCUGAAUGUCGUCGGAGUGACCAGUUUGUUUUACAUCGAUUGCGAAAUUCCUGAAGGCCCCCUUUCCUUAUCCCAGAUACUUGAUGGAAACUCGCUCCCGCUAUCCGUCCUGAGUCUAGCGAAUCCGCUGAAGGUUCCGGACCGAAUUUUGAAACGGUCUCUGUUCGCAAACAUCUCGGCCGACGUCUUUGCUUUUGUUGUUCUCUUGGAGGACGCGAGCAAAAGCCUUGAUUUCAGCGAUGACUUCUUCGAGGACUUCACAUCGUUGAAGAGACUCGACCUGCGCUGUGCGUUGCGAAAUCUGAAUAGCUUGCAAAUCUAUGACACCCCCGUCGAGAGCUUCGCGUGGAGACCUUUUUCCGGACUCGAUAGGCUGAAUCUCCUCACCUUAAGCGGUUUCCAUGCGUCAAAGAUUCCCGAUGGUGUUUUCCAUGGUUUGAAGAAUCUUCAAUUUCUCAGGGUGGAGAGAUGGUCGAACUUGAGUUCGAUUGACGCGGGUGCUUUCAGCCGAGCGCCGUCGUUGUUCCAAAUUCAACUGGAUUCUCUGCCACGGCUCGAAAAACUUCCGAGAGGCAUUCUCGACGCGCUUGGCUCUAAAUCUGUGAGAAGCAUCCUCAUAUCUCGGAGCGCGUUGAAACGGUUCCCCGUAGAGCAGAGGCCAGGGACAGGACGAAUCCCCUCUUUUCUAAGCACGAUCGAGAUUUCUCACAGCGAAUUCGAGUCUUUGCCUGAAAACUUUUUCCGUGGGAACGAGAAACUCCAGUCAUUGAACCUUGCACGGAAUCGUUUACGGCAGCUCGGUAAUUCGCUCAACAAUAUACCCCGUUUGGCUACGCUCGAUCUGCUUGGCAAUGAGAUAGAAUCAAUACUUCGACACGAUUUCAUUAAUACGAGCAACUUGAUGAGCUUAGACUUGAGUCACAACAACAUUAAUUUCAUCGAAAGUCGCUCCUUCGAAGACCUGCGAAAGUUGGAAUUCUUAGAUUUGAGUGAUAACAAAAUCCAACACUUCGGAUUUCCACGGGCUUUGAUAUCACUCUCGAACUCAAAAAUCAGGCGAGUGCUCCUCUCGAAUAACAGAAUCACUGCGUUUCCAAAUAUUCCCUUCAACGGAUUGGAGCAUUUCAGCCUCCUCGACUUGGACAACAAUCUAAUCACAGAUUUUGAAGUGCCUCUUCUUCUGGAUGGGGAAACGAUGGUCUCACUCAGGAAUAAUAGAAUAAAGCGAGUCUCCAUGAGAAGACUCAAGGCUAUCAGGCAGGAAUCGCGAGGCGAAGACAUUUUUCUCAUAGAUGGAAAUCCUUUCGAGUGCACCGGCCACAACCACGAUUUCCUGUCCUACCUCCAAAAUUCAAUGAGAAGUGAACUCGCUGAGUUUGAGAAUUUGGAAAAUUGUUUCUGUAACGAUACCGAGCAGAGUAUCGUAGAAGUCGACCUCGACAAGCUCUCACUUCGGGUGGACGAUUGCCCGGAGGCAUGCGAAUGUUUGAAAUUCCCCGCAAGCGCUACGACGAAGGUCUUUUGCCGUUACGAGGGCCUUGAUGAGGUCCCCGUCCUUCCAUCGGGCGUUACAGACCUUGACUUCGAAGGCAACGUCCUGAGUGCUUUUCCCGAAGGAAUUUCCGUUUAUCAAUCACUUCGAAGCGUGAAUCUGAACAAGAAUCGGCUGAUGACACUCGACAAUAUGCUUCCCCACUUCCCGCCAAACCUCCGAUAUCUCUAUGUCGAGUACAAUAAAUUGGAAAGACUGAACAUAGAUCCAACGGAAACUCCCAAGUUAACGAUCGCUCUCUCCAAUAAUCCGUGGAUUUGUGAUUGCGACACGAAGGACUUCAGAAACUUUCUGAGCACGAAUUCCCCUAGGAUUCUAAACAUAUCCGAAAUCCGGUGUCGCGUUCCCUUCGAGGUCGAUGGCCGACAGGAAUCUUCAUUGAGCCGCAUUCCGUGGGAAGUUAUAUGUCCGGUCGGCGAUUGGUUUGUAUGGAUUCCCGCAUCCGGCUUCCUCUUGGUGCUAGGUCUGUUGCUUGGUGCGAUGAUUCUGUAUUUCAAAAACAGGAGCCUGGCCACCUUCAUCUACGUCCAUUUCAAUCGCUUAUUCCGCUGCCUGUCGAGUGAACCUCAUUCCGACGAGCGCAAGAUAUACGAUGCUUUCCUUUCGUAUUCAAGCAGUGAUCGCGAGGUCGCUAUGGAAAUCCUCAACGAGCUCGAGAGUCAUCUUCCGAAAAAGCAAAAGCGUCUCUCGAUCCCAUUCCGUCUGGCAUUCCACGAGCGCGACUUCAUCGCGGGACAGGCUAUUACUUGGAACAUAUCGAAUAUCGUCCAGAACUCCAAGAGAACGAUUGUGAUACUCUCUCAGGAAUUCCUGGACUCGUCUUGGUUUGCCAUCGAAUUCGGAGCAGCUUAUAACCAGAUGCUCGACGAUCACGCAAACCAUUUGAUAGUCGUGCUCAGGGGUGUGAUUCCGACUGCCGAUACCUUGAGUGAGAACCUUCGCGCAGUCCUCAGCACGAAGACUUAUCUUGUGUGGGGUGAACGAUGGUUCUGGAAGAAACUUUUAUAUGCCAUGCCGCACAAAGGUCUCAAAUAA